CCCAUACCAGAAGUAAAACUUGUUUACUUUAGGGUACUUUUUAAAAAUACAAUCUCAAGCAAACCAUUCGUCUUCUUAUUUUACUCUGAGAAACCCUGCUGGUUGUUAAACAAAAGUUCCCUUAUAGCGAAAACUCAGGGUUAAGAGUUCAGGUGCUCUUCUUUAUUCACUUGUGGUCGGGCUAAGGCAAACAGAACCAGCAUGUUUGGCCAGCAGGCAGAUCGGGUCAUGGCCCUCGGUGAAUGGGAAGAAUACUGGCAACGGAACGAAAUUGGCUUCCAUCAGCCCCAAGUGCAUAAGAUACUGAAGAACAAUAUCGACAAAGUUCUCAAUGGACGAAAAGGAGUUCGCUUCUUCUUCCCUCUGUGUGGGAAAGCAGUAGAUAUGAAGUGGCUAGCAGACAUGGGCCAUUCAGUGGUUGGAGUGGAGAUUUCUGAAAAGGCUAUUCGUCAGUUUUUUGAGGAGAACAACAUGACGUACACUGAGGAGCCUGUGCCUGCUAUACCCGGAGCAAAGGUUUACAAGAACUCUGAGAAAAACAUUUCCCUGUAUCAGUGUGACCUGUACGCCUUCUCCAGUUCCAUUGAUGGCCAUUUUGGAGCAAUUUGGGACAGGGGCUCUCUCGUGGCUAUCAACCCAGCAGACAGAGAGAAGUAUGCAGCUCUCAUUAUUUCUCUGAUGGCCAAAGACUGCAGAUACCUCCUGGAGACUCUUUUGUACAAUCCUGAUUUAUAUGAAGGUCCUCCUUUUUUUGUACCUGAUGAGCAGCUACACAGUCUGUUUGGAAGCAGCUGUGACAUAGAGUUGCUGCAGUCAGUGGAUGCCAUGACAGACCUACAGCGACAGUGGGGGCUGGAUAAAUUUACUCAAAAUGCGCACCUCAUCACUCCGAAGAGCAGCUAAAGACUAGGAUCCCAGUUUAAAGAGCUUAAGAAAGCCGAUCCUGGUGAAGGAAAUCCUAGCGAGAAAAGUAAAGUGCUAAAUGAGUUAUUUUCAGUUCCUGAAAGUCUUUAAAAAUAAUACCUUUAAAAUGGAACAAAAUGUUUAUAAUACCUCAGUUAUUAUACACUUUAAAUAGGUUAAUAAAUAACUUAUAAAACAUUUA